UUUGAUCUGGCGAUGUGAUGUCAUAAGGCUGCGCUGUGCUCCAGCAUCUGUUGCGAUUCGCCUGAAGAAAGUGCCCAAAGAUGCAGAAGAACGCCUAGUGAAGCAACUGAGAUCCAUGUGAAUGUUAUAAAGAUGGCGUUUAUUAAAGAGGAGAGUGAAGAUGUGAAGAUUGAAGAAGCAUUCAGAGUGAAACAUGAAGAUACUGAGGAACAAACAGACCUGAUGGUGCUGAAAGAGGAGAAUCAAGAACUGAAUGAAAAAGAAGAUAAAGAUGAAAAACAUGAUUUCAUGGCUGAAGAAAAGGCUUUUAGUUGCUCUGAGACUAAAAAGACUUUGUCUAGAAAAAAAGCUAAGAAGACAGCGACUAAAGGUAAUUUCACUUGCCAACAGUGUGGAAAGAUUUUCAAAAAAAAUAGAAACCUUACAGUCCACAUGAGAGUUCACACUGGAGAGAAGCCUUACACAUGCCAGCAGUGUGGAAAGAGUUUCAGUCAAAAAGUAAGUCUGAAAGCCCACAUGAGAGUUCACACUGGAGAGAACCCUUUCACCUGCCAACAGUGUGGGAAAAGUUUCAAUAGAAAAGGAAACCUAACAGUCCACAUGAGAAUUCACACUAGAGAGAGCCCAUUCUCCUGCCAACAGUGUGGAAAAAGCUUCACUCAGAAAGGAAGCCUUAAAGUCCACAUGAGAAUUCACACUGGCGAAAACCCUUUCACCUGCCAGGAGUGUGGAAAAGGUUUCAUUCGAAAAGCAAGUCUUAAAAGCCACAUGAGAGUUCACACUGGAGAGAAGCCUUUCACGUGCCCUCAAUGUGGAACGAGUUUUAAACAUAAAGGAACCCUUAAUGCCCACAUGAGAAUUCACACUGGAGAGAAGCCGUUCGUAUGCGGUCAGUGUGGAAAGAGUUUCAGAUUUACAGUAACUCUUAGUCAUCACAUGCGGAUUCACUCAAGAGAGAACCGUUUUAUAUGUCAUCAGUGUGGAAGGAAUUUCACAUACAUAAAUCAUCUCAAGAAUCAUGUAAAGAUCCAUUUGGUAGAGAAGCCUUUCAUGUGCCAUCACUGUGGAAAGACUUGCAAAAACAAAACAAACCUUGAGGUUCACAUAAGAGUUCACACUGGAGAGAAGCCUUUCACCUGCCCUCGGUGUGGAAAGCAUUUUGCACUCAAAGGAAACCUUGAGGUUCACAUGAGGCUUCCCACUGGAGAGAAGCCUUACGAGUGUCUUAAAUGUAAGAAGAAUUUCACAUAUCAUAGAGAACUGAAAUGUCAUUUGCAAACUCGUUCUGAAAAGAAACCACAACAUUCGGAGUGCGACAAGAAGUUUACUAAGAGGAGUCAUUUCAAAAAUCAUCUGUGCGUUCACUCUGGAGGAAGGCGAUUUAAUUGUGAUAAGUGUAAUAAAAAAUUUAUUUUACCAUCACACUUACAGAUACACCUGAAGAGUCAUGCAGAUGUGAGACCCUAUUCUUGUUCUUUCUGUAGAAAGAGUUUUAAAUGGCUCAGCAGUUUAAAAUGGCACCAGGAAACAUGUAUGUCUGUGAAAUCAAAGCUACUUUCACACUGCAAAUGAAUGUGGGCCAAACAGGUAUUCUUCUCUCUAUUAUUAUUAUUCUUUUUUGGU